AGCUCAUCGUUGGACCCAGUGAAGUCGAGUCUCGGGAACACCAUGGUCGCCCGCUCUCUCCUUGCUCAUCGUCUCAGACACCAUGUAGCAUCGGCCAGGUUUAUUCGAACAGUCUCUACCGCACCUAAACCUGCGCCAAAACCUGCACCAGUCACUGGUCCAACCACGCCAUAUUCACAUCAAAAGCCACCUCCACCUCCGCAAACAUGGCUCACGAAGGUGCUCAGAGAGAACCCAACGGCUAUGCGGGCUUUUCUUAGAAUCUCAAGUCUGCUAGGUUAUGGUAGCAAGAAGCAGCUAGCUGGGAGACGGGCACUGGCUAUGUAUGAGCUUUUGUGUACACGUAGGGCGGAUGAAGAGAAGGACUUUUGGCAGGACGAAUGUCACCUUCCGCCGACCUUCCAGUCAUGGUUCUCUGUCACGAAUCUUCACAUUUGGCUUCUGACAGUACGAUUACGUGCAUUACCCGAUUCUCUCGCAAAACAUCACAUCCAAGGUCUAAUAGACCACUUCUUCCUCGACGUCGAAGAGCGAGUUCGCGCCGUCCUUCAACCCGCAAACCCUAAAAGUCCUUCUACAACCCCCCCUCCAGCUCGAGAUACCCCAUUCACGUCCGCCUCAGCAAAUUCGAACUUCUACACGAUUGCUAAUGGCAACGACCAAAAGCGACCAAAAGGACGCGCGCCGGAAAGACUUGUUACUCGACAGAUGAAGAUUCUCAAAGAACAGUGGGCUGGUCUCGGCGUUUCUAUGGACCUUGGUCUCGUUAGAGGAGAUGCGGAGAUGGCGGGUGCCGUAUGGCGAAAUUUCCUUGGAGGUCGCGGGGCACGAGGGAUCGUCUACCCGUCAUCUCCGGCUGCCUCAGGACCCUACUUCCGACGUUCAGUUAACCUCGUUGGAGGAUCGGUCGAGUCCGUGAAGAAAGUCGAUAAGCAAGGCUUGGACGUAGAGGAAGCGAAGGAUGAUGGGAGUGGUGUGCAUGACUAUGCGCCGGCGGAAGCAGGUAAGUAUGUCAUGUACCCGGAACUUAUGGUGGAUGUUGUGGAGUAUGUGAGGAGGGAGUUGAAGAGGCUGGAGGGGUUGAGUGAUGAGGAGAUUAUGGGUCCUUUGUCUCUUGGAAGGGAACUAGAGGGGCUUGAGAAGUUGAGGUUUGGGAGGAUCAAGCAAUGAGCGAUAGAUUUGGUUAUGCCUAAAUUAGCAUGAGCAUCGUAAUGGAUUGUUAUGCUUGCCUGGUACUACGGUAUACUUGCGCUAGGAUCGCUGAGAGCUGCAGCAGUUGCUGACGUUUUCAUUGCAAGGUACGAAUAUUAACCAGAAUGUGGUGCUCAUUGUCUCCAUACAUCUGAUCUACGCUCGAUCUUUUUAUUUCUAAUAGAGUCAAUGAAUAUCUUGUAUGGGGCAGCAGACGAAAUUGAUAGAAGAGAAAAGAGAACUUGGAAAAGGACAGGUAGUUAUAAGCCACAGCUGAGCGAAAACUCCUGCCAGCAGACUAAAUUCAACCGAAAUCAGUAUUCAAUAUUGGCCAUUCAGCCAUUCAGCAUUCCCUAGCCUUGUCGUAUCAGAGAAAACAGGGAACACUGACCAAAAUUUGUGUGACAAUUGCACUC